UCCGCUUCAGAAUUCCGGACGGAGUUAACGGCUUUCUUAUCAUGGACCGGGCUUUAACUUCACCCGUUUUACAGCUCAGAAACGGAUAAAAAGCAACGUAAGCGUCUGGUUUUUUUGUAUUUCCUCCUUAACUUCGGCUCCAGUUUGGAUUUUACCCUCCAGCGGUCCGAUUUUAGCAGCUUGAAGUUGGUUCUCCUUCAACAUAUGUGGGAAUGUGAACUUCUCUCAUGGAUGCCGACACACUGUUGGAGUACUUACACACCUUUUACUGAUUUUCUGGGAGUCGAAAUUGUGGACUACGCUCGCUUCUUAUCGUGAAAACUGGCUGUGAAUAAAGCCAUGUUCGCCGUGUUUAUGUAGAAGCUGAAAAAAACGUUAAAAUAAUGAUUUCGGAGGAGAGAAGCAGCCACGUAAAUAAACAAACCCUGAACUUUCCCGUGGGUUUACUCAUCCGCUCUCCCAAAAGGCGCCUGGCCAAACUGGGAAGAAAACCCAGCAAUGGAUCUGUCCAGUCCAACAACUCGAACAGCACUGUCCGCUCUGCUGAGAGCGUUGGCGUCCGGCAGCCAGCCAAGAGCAAAAUCCGCCGCCACAACAACAGGUUUUCCACUGUGUUCAACCAAAGCCCCGACCUGAGAGACGGUGGACGGCAUGUCCAGGUGGCGAGUGGUAGUGGCGGAAGCUUGUCUGGAGACCUCCAGGCUGUGGACGACCCAGCUGAGCUAUCCAGCCAAAUGUCCAUUCCUGGUAUCUUGAAGAUCUUUGGCAGUGACAUCUGCCAGGGGACCAACUACAAGAGUGUGCUGGCUACCACUCAGUCCAGUGCAAAGGAGCUGGUGAAGCAGGCCUUGGAAAGAUACUGUCUGGAAAAAGAAGACCCCAACAACUACGUGCUGUGCGACGUGAUUGGCCAGACGGGGGCUGAUAACCAGUGGAAGAGAGAGUGCUUUAGGGUUGUGGGUGACAGCGAGAGGCCCCUGAUGCUGCAGUCGCUGUGGAAGCCCAAGGAUGGCUUCUCCAGGCGUUUUGAAAUCCAGCUGCGGGCAAGCGUCGAAGAGCAAAGUUUAAAGGAUAGGGACACAAUCACAGCAGGGAUCAAUGCUCAGGCUCGUAAGCUGCAGAAGACCCGCUCCAGAGUGACCUCCCUGUUUGUGGACAGCAGCGGGGAGGACGCAGAUGGACUCGGCAUCUGGAGGAGCCUCAGCGAGAUGGAUUUGUCCGCGAUGGGUAAGGAGGCUAGCAAGGCCCAACAGAGUGCGCUCAGAGAGGAUCCCGAGGCUGAGGCCGACAAGGAAGUGCUGCGUCUUGGCAUGGAAAAGGAGGAGACUGAGAGCAGCGAUGAUAACACAACCCAGUACUCCAUCCACCCACCCUUUGACUUCCCUUAUUUCCUCCUGCUGCAGGGCUACAGCCACAGACAGGAUUUCGUCAUCUAUCUCAUGAGUGGGACCACCACCAUCUUUGGCUGCUGCAGGGAGCAUCACACUGGAGAAGAUGAGGAGAGGCUGAAGGUGGACAUCCUCCUGUUUGCUCCAGAUGUGUUACCACAGCACUGCUGUGUCAGACGACUGGACUCUAACAGCCAAACUUCCACAGGAGGAGAGCACAGAAAGACGCUGACGAUGCUGAAGCCCCUUCAUGGAGCUCCUGUGACCCGAAAUGGUUUACUCCUUAAAGAGGAGGUUGAACUGAAUCCAGGCGAUUUGGUUGGCUUGGGGAAACACUACUUGUUCAUGUUUAAGGAUCCUACAAGCACACCAGGAUCACUUCACGCUCCUCCUUGGAUGACCAGACUCUGCCCAAACUCUGACUCAAGGACCUCUUGUUUGUCAUGCGGCUCCUUGGUGGCUGGAAAAAAGCUCCAGAGGAAGCUUUUACCUCCUCGUUGGAGAGACCUGGAGGGCACUGAGGCUUCGCUGAGCUAUGAACUCGACCAGGAGGAAAAAGUCCUACAACAGAUCCUGGACAUGUUGGACCCCAAUGGGAAUGAACCAAAGCUGACACCAGCUUUCCUGCUGAGUCUCUGCAUCCAGCACUCAUCCUCCACGUUUGAGCUGACGCAUUUCAGACAGCUGCUGCUUCGGCUAUCCAAUCAGAUCCAGCUCAUUACGUGGGAGAAAACAAAGGAGCUUGCAGCAAUCCAGCCAGAAACGAGCUCUGGCGACGAGCAGUCGGAGCAGCUGCAGCUUCUCAGUAUGAAGGAGCUGAUCCCGGGCCUGCAGCCGCUGGUGCUCUGGAUGGCUAACUCCAUCGAACUGCUGCACUUCAUCCAGCAUGAAGUCCCACAGCUGCUGCCCUGGAGGCUGGACCAGGAGGAUGAAGGUCUGCUGGACUCUGAGAUAUCAUCCACUCGGACAGCCUGCGAGGAAGCCAUGACAGUCUUGGAGGAAGUCAUCAUGUUCACCUUCCAGCAGACCGUCUACUACCUAACAAAGAGCAUGUAUUCGGCCCUGUCUGGCCUGCUGGAUGGGAACCCUUUCUCGGAGAGCGGUCAGCUGCGAGUGCCCGAUGGUCUUGAGAGCAUCCUGGAGGUCCUGAAGGAGGCGCUGAAGCUGCUGACGGCCUUCCAGGUGCAUCCGGACAUCUCGUUACAGCUCUGCGCCUACCUGUUCUUCUUCAUCAAUGCAUCGCUCUUCAACACCCUCAUGGAGAGAGGAUCUGUCGCUGGGUUCUAUCAGUGGUCCCGAGGCGUGCAGAUCCGGGCCAACCUGGACCUGCUGAUGGACUGGAUCCAGAGCAUCGGUCUGGGUGAUCUGGCCACCGAGUUUUUCCAAAAGCUCUCUGCUGCUGUCAAUCUGCUGGCCACACCCAAAGAAACCCUGCUGCAGGCAUCCUGGGUUUCUCUCAGGACCGAGUUCGCUGCUCUGAAACCCGCCCAGCUUCACCACAUGCUGAGGGAGUACAACUCCGGGAAGGCCUGCCCCUCCGGAUGGAGUCCGUCACCGGGUGAUGCAGAGGACGCCGACAGAACGGCCGACAUCCUGGAGAGCUUCGACAACCACCCGCCGCUCAUCCUGCCCAGCAGCACGUUUCACCUGGAGCUAGGCAAACCCAUCGUGGAGCCGGCGCUGUUUGAGCAGCUCGCACGUCUGCAGGAUUUCAUCAGCCAGCUUCCUCGCAGUGAAACCCGAGCCAAACCCGAAGCGGAGGAGCAGCCUGUCAAUGAGACGACUACAGACAGCCAGUCUGCGACCUCGGCCUCAGUCAGAGUCGCCCAGGAUCCAGCCGAUCAGGCGGUCUCCGACCCGGUAGACCCGGACUCUCUUACGUCUGCAGAACCAGCUCAGGCCCGAGUCCCUCCUGGCGACCUGAGCAGCUGUGAGGCCGUCCUGGCCCAGAAGCUGAAAAGCCUGGAGCUGCAGAACACCCUCCCAGGACAGGCCGACAUGGGCUACCACAAGAGCCUGGCCCUGGACCCAUCCUGCCUGCUCACGCCACCCAACACCCCGCAGGGGAUGGAGCUGGCUGAGCUGGAGGCUGACCUGCAGGAGGGCACCCGCCAACUAAAGAAAGCCAGUGGAAGUGUUGGGAGGAAGACGGGAAACGAGGAAGCAGCAGCAGAGGAAGAAGAAGACAGAGAGGAAGUGUUUGCGGUGGAGCUCCACAAAGGGCCUCACGGUCUCGGGCUGGCACUCGUAGAUGGGACGAAAACACCGCUGAGAAUGAGCGGCAUUUAUGUGAAGUCAGUCGUUCCCGAGUCCCCGGCCGCCAAAUGUCAGAAACUGAGAACCGGUGAUCGAAUCCUGGCCGUGAACGGCGUCAGCCUGGUUGGGAUGGAAUAUAGCAUUGGACGGGAACUGAUUCGCUCAUCCGGAGACAUACUUAAACUUCUGGUUGCCAAGAUGGACUCCAAAACAGGCAUCAAAGCCUCCACUUUGACAACGUGCUGAAGGAAGAGCGCUAGUGGACGAUAAAGUGCAAUUUGGGAAUACCGGAGGGCGUGAACUUCAUCCUUUUUGCUUCAUCCCAAAAUCAGUAUUUCUCACAGGAUGGAUUUCCCCAACCAAAGGAACACAAACCUCCUCCUUUUUGUUUGUGACUCACUGUCGGAUGGAGACAAUCAAACUGAACUCAGACUGUAGGCGCUUUGCUGGCAGGCGGAGGGGAAAGACAAGUUUUAAAAGCUCUUUUUUUUUCUUCACCAGCUUCUAAAAACAAACUCAAAAACAGUGAAAGGGGGAGUAAACCAGCCUCCGAAGCGCGCCGCCAAGCCGCUCCGUGAUUCCUCACGUCUGGCUUCAACUGGAACUAUUUCCAAAUUCAUUUUUAAAUUAUAUCUAUUUAAAAAAACUGUGAAGCUUUAUAUGUUACACUCCAAAACCAAAAUAUGUUACCCAGUUGUUUACUUUGUUAGAGAGACGUAUCUGCCUGUGGGCAUGUCUCAGAUUCAGAUAAGUUUCCAAAACAAGGAAAAUUGUCUUUGUGUUGCACCGUUUGUUUCAUCGCAGGAACGACUGAACAUUAACCCUCAGUUUUCUGCUGUUUCAGGUUCUUCCUUCUAUAAGUUCAACAUCAGUCUGCUGCUGUAACACCAUAAAAUAUUAUCAGUCGUUUAAAAGUAAAAUCUAAUUAGCACUUGUAGCGUGUUACUCAUUUUUCCACACACAUAAAAAAGCAGGUAAAGGUGUGUUUGGUUUCUUUAACUUGCAGGCAGAUCUUCCACCGGGCAGGUUAUGUUUCUGGGUUAAACACUAA